CCUUCCCUUCCUUGGGCUUGCGUGGCUCUAGCAGGGCUGGAACGGGCAUGGCUUCAAGCGGCGGGGGGCUCAGGCGGCGGCUGGGGGGGCAGGCAGCGGCGGCGGAGGGGGCCGAGGCCCCGGGGCAGGGCCAGGCGGCGCCCCUCCGGCCGGCCCUGCGCCCUGGCACCUUCUGGCUGACGCGCCUGGCACUCCUGCGCGCCACCGCCGCCCUCUACUUCGUUGCAUUUUUGGUGGCUUACCACCAAAACAAGCCACUGAUCGGUGAGAAGGGUCUUUUGCCUGCUAAGCUGCACUUGGAGAACAUCAAACGCUACUUCAAAGGGAAGGUGAACAUGGAGGCUUUCAGCCACGCCCCAACGCUCAUCUGGUUCCUGGAUUGGUCCAGCAUGGACAGCAUCUUGGAUGGCUUCUCAUUGGCCGGCUUGGGAAUAUCAGCGUUCAUCUUGGUCACGGGCUGUGCCAACAUGAUUCUCAUGACUUCCCUGUGGGUGAUCUACCUCUCGCUGGUUAACGUUGGACAGACCUGGUAUUCCUUUGGUUGGGAAUCUCAGCUUCUCGAAACGGGUUUCUUAGGGAUUUUCUUGUGCCCAUUCUGGACGCUCUCCCGAUUGCCAAGACACACACCCCCUUCCCGCAUCGUCAUCUGGGGCUAUCGAUGGCUUAUCUUCAGAAUCAUGCUGGGAGCGGGAUUGAUUAAAAUUCGCGGGGAUCGCUGCUGGAGAGAGUUGACUUGCAUGAACUACCAUUAUGAGACCCAGCCGGUGCCCAACCCCGUCGCCUUCUAUAUGCAUCGGUCGCCUUUGCGGUUCCAUCAGUUCGAAACUCUCUUCAACCACUUCAUAGAGCUGCUGGUGCCAUUUUUUACCUUUCUGGGACGGCGCAUGUGCCUCCUCCAUGGGGUUCUGCAGAUGCUGUUCCAGGUGCUCCUCAUCGUUAGCGGGAACCUGAGCUUCCUGAACUGGUUGACCCUGAUUCCGAGCCUAGCCUGCUUCGACGAUGCCUCCUUGGGGUUUCUUUUCAGCUCCCAGGACAAGUCUGAAGUGCUGGAGAUUCAAAGAGAAGAGUCAAAAGAAAAAGAAACGUCUUUGAGAUACGGCUGCUACAUCCGAAAAGUUGUAAACAUAUCCUUUGGAAUCCUGAUUGCCUAUCUCAGCGUUCCAGUGGUGGUGAACUUGUUCAGCUCCCGCCAGAUCAUGAACACUUCCUUCAACCCGCUCAGGAUCGUCAAUACCUAUGGGGCAUUUGGAAGCAUCACCAAAGAGAGAACGGAGGUCAUCAUUCAAGGGACGUCCAGCCCAGACCCCAGUGACCCAGCUGCGGUUUGGGAGGAGUAUGAAUUCAAGUGUAAGCCUGGGAACCUGCAUCGGAGGCCCUGCUUCAUCAGCCCAUAUCACUAUCGCCUGGACUGGCUCAUGUGGUUUGCUGCUUUCCAGACCUACGAGCAGAAUGAAUGGAUAGUCCACUUGGCUGGAAAACUGCUGGCCAACGAGAAGGAAGUUUUGUCCCUGAUGGCCUUCAAUCCCUUUGAGGGCAGAGCGCCGCCAAGAUGGGUCCGAGGAGAGCACUUCCGGUACAAAUUCAGCCGGCCCGGAGGGAGGCAUGCUGGGGACGGAAAGUGGUGGAUCCGAAAGAGGAUCGGGCCGUACCUCCCACCUGUCAACCUGGAGGGGCUCAGGAAAUAUUUCGAUUCCCGUCAGUGGCCUCUGCCAUCCCAGAACUGAUAAGUGGAGCACCUCUUGGUCCUGUUGGGGCUGAAGUUAUGGACUGCCCAGGGCUCGCAAACCAUCCUUUUAAAAAAAAUGACCUGUCUUUCUUUGAAAACGUUUACAGUAAAGUACGCAGGGCAGGAGUGUAUGUCGGUUUGCUUCUGCCUCCGUUC